UAAACUGUAUUAUAUUUUAGCUAGGAGUUGAUGAGAUCCUGUUGAAAAUGAGUAGUCCUCAUAGAUCUAUAAUGGAACCAACUUAUAUUAAACCUUUUAUGUUAAAUGUUAGACAGAGUCCACUGAAAGAAUCAUGUAGUCAGCCUCUAGGGAUAGCUAAACCUGUAGAAAAUGAACCAAGAUCUUUUGAGAGUAAUCAAACUUCUCUCACUACAGAGAGAAUUGAGAAAACUAUUUGUGAAAAAACUUAUAGUGAUGUUCGUUAUGAAAAUCAUACAGAACAUCUGUCCUCUCUCCAUAGUAAACUUUACACAGAAGCAGAACGAAUUAGAAAAUGGAAAAUUAGCACUGAAAUGGAUAUUAAACUAAAGGAGAAAAAAUUGAAUGAUUCAUUACAAGUGAUUGAAUCACAACGGAAAUCAUUAUUAGAACUCCAGUUACAAAAUGAAAGUUUAAGUCAACGUUUAUCAGAGGAAAUGGAUAACAGACAAGAAAUUCUUCAAAAUGGCGUGCAGUGAUGUUUGAUGAUAGGGAACUGUGCUGGCCCUGGAUAGAAUCAUUGGAAGCAUUAUACAAUAUUUUGGUGUAUGGCAUCUAUGAGCUAAACUGCAUGAGGUUGGUGCUCUGUAAAGCACAUGCACAAAUGCCUGUAAUCUGGCUGCUUUACAUUACAUCAUUCAAAUAUUUUUGCCAUGGAAGCUGUCCCAUAUUCAACAAUACAGUGUUUCCAUUAGGAACAUGCUUAUACGAAUUUAUAUUCGAAUAUACAAUAGCAAUCUUACUUGUUAGUAUUUUUUUCACAUGUAGUAUAGAAAUUUGUAAUAAGAUACAUAAUGCAGUUAUAAUAAAAUUUUUAUUUUAGUUAAUUCAAAGUAUGAUACGUUAAAAUAUGAAAAUAAUUGCACAAUAUGUAUUUAUAUUUUAGAAAAUACAAGGAAAGCAGCACUUCCACAGUUUCCAUGAAUGGCAUGCCACUGAUAUAUUGUCAUAUUUAUAUGAUGUGCAUUAAUCUUAGGCAUCCACAGAAAAUUUUUCAUUGGGCAAAGUUUAGAGAUAAAUAAUUACAUCAAUAAAUUUUUAUUUAAUUUUUUCGGGUCUUUUUCCAAGUAAAUUGUAGAAUACAGUAUUGCAUCAAAGUGUGCAAUGGUUAAGGGGGUUAGAUUAUAUUUCUCAAUCACCUUUACAAUUAUAAUUUGUGGAAUUUUUUACUCAAUCUCAGGGAAGAACAAGUGCUCUGUUUGUCCCCUUUCCAGUUGCCCAUGUGUGCAACUAUCUAUUGUGUAUAUUUCUCAAAGAUUGCAUAGUGUAUGCUUACAUUAGUUUCUGUUUAUACGUUAAAAAGUUGUAUAUUAAUUUGUUGCAAAUAUUUUAUUCUGAUUUAAUUAGUGUGUGUGUUGAAAAAAUUACACUUAUUCUAAUAUAGAGGUUUAAUAUGAUUUUUACUUAUAAUGGUAAACAGGUCACCAUCUCAGAAAACAGAAUGAAAACAAAACUAAAAUUUGAAACUUAAGGGGGGAUGCUGCUGAGCAGCCAUCAUUGUUGGUGACUUUUAGUGUUGAGUUACUGCUAUUACUGAUUAUUACAAUUAUAACUUCUUUUUUGAAUUGUAUUAAUUUAUUAUGCUUUUUCACCCUCUUUUAUUUUGUUUUGUGUUAUUACAAGUCAUUUAUUUUUGGAUAUGUUUCCUCAAACUCCACCAGAUGGAUUAAAGCAGAGCCAAGAUGACAGAAAAGGAACUAAGCAUCAUCAUUCUCUGAGUGCUCUGGAAGCUAAAUUUCCAAAGCUAGAACAUUAUUUUAAGAGGGAGUCUCCUUUGGACAUUGAUAAAGAGGGAAUGUUAUCCUUACAACAGUAUUUGGAAUGGGGCGGUUGAGGCUUCAUUCCUUACCAUCUGGCUGCCUCAUUGUGGGCCGGGUUGAACUUAUAAUGGGAUUGCCUAAAAAGACAAUCUAGUGCCGCUAGGGCAGUUAGGUGCUUCUCCUAGUUUUGAAUCCACACUUCACCACUGCUUAAACAAAAGGAUGAAAGAGGGUUUAAUGUAUAAAGUAAUUCAGAAAAUAUGACUUUAGCACAAUGGACAUUGGAUAAUUUAGUUUCUGUGCAUUAGAAUGAUACCAUUAUCGUCAAUGAAUUACAAGAUGUUGUUCCAUUAGACUGUUAGAAAAACUAUAGAAACAUUUUUUAUCUAGUUAUAUCAAUGUUGUUAAUUCUAAAGAUUCAAUAAAGUUAUAUAAAGAUUGUACUACACUUUUAGAUUCUGUUAACCUUGCACUUUAGCAGAAUGCUUCAUUUCCAAAUUCAAAUAAGUUAAACUAUUUAUAUGCCUUUUUUAGCAAGUUUAUGUUAAAAUUUCCUUACUUGUUUUUGUUCUAUAAUUAUCUCUUGUCAGUUAUCACACACAUUUAUUAUUUAUUACAAGCUAUUGUAUUUAUUUUAAAAAGUAUUCUUACAUUGUUUGCAUUACUUUUGUCAUGUUUGUCAUUGUAUUGAUGUAUUUGAAAAUUUUAUUAUUUUCUAUAGUUUUUAAUUUAAAUAAUGUUUUCAGUUUGAUAGCUUCCUAACUGAUGAUUCAUUUUCAAACAUUUUUGAGUAAAAGGUGACGAUUCAAAGCAUUUAUAUUUUAAGAAACAAAUUUGGCAUCCAAUUAAAAGCAAAAGCAAUCUCUCUUGUAAAAAAGAGAUUGCUUUUACAAUGUUUUACAAAAUGGUGCCAGUUUUCACAUAAUUUAUCACACAAUUUUUCACAAGAAAGUUACAUAAUACUGUAAUGAUUUGAUUAAAUUUCAGACUAUAGUCUAACAUUUAAAUUUAUUCAGUUUAUUUCAUAUAAUUAUCAAUAUAAUU